AUGCACUUAAGCCUCAUUGACUUCAGUGGGGCUUACGGUGCACUGGAAUGUAGGAAGCCUAUAGAUUCCCAAAGACUAAAACUCACAAAAGUACUGCAAGAUUUUAUGGAUUUGCAAAAGUCUGCCAGUGCCACUUCUAAACCUUCUUCUUCUUCUUCUUUUAUUUUUUGCAGAAGAGAAAAGGCAGAGGAUGUCAUGGGUGCUCCAAAUGAGACUACUGUGACUGAAUUCAUCUUGAUUGGGUUAUCCGAAUACCCCAAAGCUCAGGCUGUGUUCUUCAGUUUGUUAUUGAUGACAUACCUCAUCAGCUUUCUUGGCAAUGGCCUCAUCGUCAUAUUGAUUAUUGCCGAUCCCCACCUUCAUACACCCAUGUAUUUCUUCCUUUGCGUCCUCUCCUCUGUAGACUUUAUGAUCUCCAACAAUACAUUUCCUGAGAUCAUGGUCAACUGUUUCUUUUACAGGCCCACCAUCUCCUUCUACAGAUGUUUGGUUCAGAUGUAUGUUGGUCUUUUACUCUUUGUGACAGAAUGUUUCCUGCUCGCCAUCAUGGCGUAUGACCGCUUUGCAGCUAUCUGCCAGCCCCUCCACUAUUUCCAGAUCAUGAGCUGGAAGUUUUGCAUCACUUUAGUGGCUGCAUCUGUAAGCCUUUCUUCACUGACAACCCUGAUCCAUGCAAUGUUGCGUCCUACUGACUUAUGUGGACGACACACCAUUAACCAUUUUGUAUGUGAACUACAAUCUUUCCUCAAACUGGCCUGUUCUGACACUCGUUCUACUGAGCUUUUCAUGAACGUUUCCAGUCUCUUUGUUGUAAUGCUUCCGUUUUGCUUCAUUGUUGUUACAUAUGUGCGCAUCAGUUUAGCUGUACUGCGCAUUAGCACAACAAAGGGUCGGAAGAAAGCCUUCUCCACCUGUAGUUCUCACCUUGCUGUGGUCAGUGUCUUUUAUGGAACCAUCAUAAUUAUGUACGUGAUGCCCCACCCCAAAUCUUCUUCCGAUCAAGAUAAGAUUGUAUCUUUAAUGUACGGGGUUUUAACUCCGAUGCUCAAUCCUGUGAUUUAUACCUUGAGAAACAGGGAUGUGAAAGGAGCUUUCUGGAGCGUGUUUGGAAGGAAAAUAACAGAGUAA